AGAAAAUAAAGAGGUAGAAAAGUGAAAAUAAAGAAAGAAAAGACCUAAAAAUGUAAAAGUAAUAAUAGAUAAAUGUUCAGGAUUCUACAAAUUAUGGAUAGGACUUUUUUAGCAUCACCCUAUUGAAGGUAUUAUUACUCAAAUAUCUAUAGAUUAGUUUAAAUUCGGACAGAAUGUUAGUUGGAUAGCCAACUCAUCAGUGUAUCUAUGUUCUCUCUAUAUAUAUAAAUCCUGUUCAUGUCAUUCAAAAUUUAUAAUAGACAACUCAACACUGCAUCAUCAUAUUUAUAGAUCUCUUACUUGUCAUCCGCAAUUCACUGCUGUCCACAAUUCUCUCUCAGUUUUUUUCAACUCCCCUUUGAUUUCUUUCAUCUCAUUCUCACAUGUUUUAUAGGGGAGGGAGAAAAAAGAGAGAAACAGAAGCAUAAGAGAAACUUUGGAAAAAUUACAUUAUUGUGAAGCAUAGGAAGUCAUGGCUAGUUUUGCAGGAACCACACAAAAGUGCAUGGCUUGUAACAAAACAGUCUACCUGGUUGACAAGCUAACCGCAGAUGGCAGAAUCUAUCAUAAAGCAUGCUUCCGAUGCCACCAUUGCCAGAACACCCUUAAGCUCGGCAACUUUUGUUCUUUUGAGGGUGUACUCUACUGCAGACCUCACUAUGAUCAACUCUACAAGCGAACUGGGCGCCUUGACAAAAGCUUUGAAGGAACGCCUAAAAUUCAGAAACCAGAAAGACAGAUCACUGAUAAUGAGAAUGCCAAAGUGCUAGCAAACGUGUUCUUGGGCACCAGAGACAAAUGUGUUGGUUGCAAUAAGACAGUUUAUCCAACUGAGAGGGUUACUGUAAAUAAGACUCCCUACCACAAAAGCUGCUUCAAAUGUACCCGCGGCGGUUGUACUAUAAGCUCAUCAAAUUUUGUUACCCAUGAUGGAAAGCUCUACUGCAAACACCAUCACAUUCAACUUUUCAAAGAGAAAGGAAAUUACAGUCAGCUUGAGAAUGAAGGUGCUGUCACAGAAAUUGCUGCUUAAUGUGAAGAGAUGGUUGCAGUUUUAUACGAUGGGUGCUCCAAAUUCAUUAUGUUGCAAUGGAGUUUUUGCUUGUGAACUAAAUGUUAAUGAGACAGGCACAAAAUGUUUUCAACAGUUAACCCAACUCUAGUGUAUUUGGAGUUUUCAAGCCGAGUAAUCAGUUUUUCUUUUUCUUAACUUUUCACCAAAGUAGUGUUGUCUUAUGUUUUUAAUAUAAACAUGUUUUAAAAGAAUAGAAAAGAAGGUGAUAGCUAGUUUAAAUUUGAUAGUUUUAUGGCUUACUUAUGUUUGAGACGUCUUGUUUUCCAUCAUUAUUAAAAAAAGUUUUGAAAAUUAAAAUAAGUAAAUCCAAUACCCUGAAUGACUUAAGUCAGGUUGAUUUGCAUUCAACCAAAAUCAACUUCAUUACUAAUUUACCUCGUCCAUAUUUUGUAAUUCAUCUGAAAAACAAUAUACAGAAGAAAAAAAACAACUAAUGAGUAAGCACAUAAUCUCUCGACAAGAGAGUUUCCAGCUCAAAAUGAAGAACCUCUA